AGGGGCACUAAGGGUCUUGAAUAACCAUGAGCAACCCUUUUGAACGGAUUGUGGAGCCACUGGAUCCUAAACAGCCUCUGAAGAAGUUCUUUAAUCUAAACAAAUUGGAAGAUGUGAGAUACGCACACCUGCCGUUUUCUAUUCGAGUCCUCUUGGAAGCAGCAAUCCGUAACUGUGAUGAGUUCCUAGUGAAGAAGGGAGAUGUUGAGAACAUUCUCAACUGGAAAGUGGUGCAACACAAGAAUGUUGAAGUGCCGUUUAAGCCUGCAAGAGUUAUUCUGCAAGACUUCACGGGGGUACCUGCUGUGGUUGACUUUGCCGCCAUGCGUGAUGCUGUGAAGAAACUUGGUGGGGACCCUGAAAAAAUCAAUCCUAUCUGUCCUGCUGAUCUUGUGAUAGAUCACUCCAUCCAGGUUGAUUUUAACAGGCGGUCAGACAGCUUGCAGAAAAAUCAGGACUUGGAAUUUGAAAGGAACAAAGAAAGGUUUGAAUUCUUAAAGUGGGGCUCUCAGGCUUUUAAAAACAUGAGGAUUAUUCCGCCAGGCUCUGGGAUCAUCCACCAAGUGAACUUGGAAUACUUGGCAAGAGUCGUGAUGGAUCAGGAUGGCUACUACUAUCCAGACAGUGUGGUGGGCACUGACUCACACACCACCAUGAUAGACGGCUUGGGAGUGCUUGGCUGGGGUGUUGGUGGCAUUGAAGCAGAAGCAGUGAUGUUGGGCCAGCCGAUCAGCAUGGUGCUUCCUGAGGUUGUUGGCUAUAAGCUGCUAGGAAACCCUCAGCCACUGGUAACAUCCACUGACAUUGUGCUUACCAUUACAAAGCACCUUCGCCAAGUUGGAGUUGUGGGUAAAUUCGUGGAGUUUUUUGGUCCUGGUGUAGCCCAGCUGUCAAUUGCUGACCGAGCCACGAUUGCCAAUAUGUGUCCAGAGUAUGGAGCAACAGCUGCCUACUUCCCAGUGGAUGAUAUUAGCAUUGGGUACCUGAUCCAAACUGGCCGUGACAAAGAGAAAGUUGUGUGCACAAAAAAAUAUCUUGAGGCUGUGGGAAUGCUAAGAGAUUUCAAGAACUCCUCUCAGGAUCCGGACUUCACACAGGUUGUUGAGUUGGAUCUCCAUACUGUCGUGCCUUGCUGCAGUGGACCAAAAAGACCUCAGGACAAAGUUGCUGUGUCAGAUAUGAAGAAGGACUUUGAGACUUGUCUGGGAGCCAAGCAAGGAUUCAAGGGAUUCCAAAUUGCCCCAGACCGACACAACAGCAUAGUCAAAUUUAAUUUUGAGGGCUGUUACUUUGAACUUGCUCAUGGUUCAGUAGUGAUUGCUGCCAUUACAAGCUGUACAAACACCAGUAACCCCUCGGUUAUGCUGGGAGCAGGUUUGCUUGCUAAGAAAGCUGUUGAAGCUGGUUUGACAGUGAAGCCAUACAUUAAAACUAGCCUGUCCCCAGGAAGCGGGGUUGUCACUUACUAUCUGAGGGAGAGUGGAGUGAUGAAUUACCUCUCCCAACUAGGGUUUGACGUGGUGGGUUAUGGCUGUAUGACAUGUAUUGGCAAUAGUGGACCCCUACCAGAGUCUGUUGUUGAGGCCAUUACACAGGGAGACCUCGUAGCGGUGGGUGUGUUGUCUGGCAAUAGGAAUUUUGAAGGGCGUGUCCAUCCCAACACCCGUGCUAACUACCUGGCCUCCCCACCACUGGUAAUAGCCUAUGCCAUUGCAGGGACUAUCCGGAUUGACUUUGAGAAAGAGCCUUUGGGAAUAAAUGCUUCGGGAAAGAAGAUUUUCCUGAAAGAUAUCUGGCCAACAAGAAAUGACAUUCAGGCUGUUGAGCGUCAGUUUGUUAUUCCUGGGAUGUUCAAGGAGGUCUACCAAAAAAUAGAGACAGUAAACAAGUCUUGGAAUGCCUUAGAUGCUCCUUCAGACAAACUAUAUACUUGGAAUCCCAAGUCAACUUACAUCAAGUCUCCACCUUUCUUCGAUGGUCUGACUUUGGCUCUUCAGACCCCAAAAACAAUAGAAGAUGCUUAUGUCCUGUUGAGUUUUGGGGAUUCUGUGACAACUGACCACAUAUCUCCAGCUGGGAACAUAGCAAGAAAUAGUCCUGCAGCCCGUUACUUGACCAGCAGAGGCUUGACUCCUCGAGAGUUCAAUUCUUAUGGCUCCCGCAGAGGGAAUGACGCUGUCAUGGCCAGAGGAACAUUUGCAAACAUUCGGUUGGUGAACAAAUUUAUUGAUAAACAAGGACCUCAGACUGUCCAUUUCCCUUCUGGGGAAACUCUGGAUGUGUUUGAUGCUGCAGAAAGAUACAGGCAGGCUGGCCAUCCUCUGAUUGUGCUGGCUGGGAAGGAAUAUGGUGCAGGAAGUUCCAGAGACUGGGCAGCUAAAGGACCGUUCCUUUUGGGCGUCAAGGCUGUACUUGCGGAAAGCUAUGAGAGAAUUCAUCGAAGCAACCUAGUAGGGAUGGGAGUGAUUCCUCUGCAGUAUUUACCUGGAGAGGAUGCAGGGACUUUAGGACUCACUGGACGGGAGCGUUACACGAUUAUCAUUCCUGAAAAACUAAAACCGCAGAUGAACAUCCAGAUUAAGCUGGAUACUGGAAAAACCUUUCAUGCCAUCAUGAGAUUUGACACUGACGUGGAGCUCACUUACUUCCACAACGGCGGCAUUUUGAACUACAUGAUCCGUAAAAUGGCAUCCUAAUCCAAAACAUAAAGCGAAAACGUCCAGGUACACGCCUGCUUCUGAUGAGCGCAAUAAAACUAUGGUAAUCUUAACUUUGAAAGCGUGAACCAUAAAGUGAA